GCUUGAUGUUGGUAAUUUUCAUUUUGUUCAAGUAAAUAUAUCAUUGAAAAUCAAUCAUGUUCUUCGUCGACUCUUCUUCUGUUGAUGUUGAAAUGAUAAUUGCCAAAAGACAGUUUUCUGAAAAAACAACAUUUAAAGAUAAAUUUGAAGUGGCAUGGAAUUUUAUAGCUCCAUAUAUUAAGAAGUGUCCUAAUGAAGUGGUCAAAACGGCUAGUCACUCAAAACUCUGGAGAGAAAUUGGUAACACUGAAUACACUAAUACAAAAAAUAAAGAUUAUUUACGCAAAUCAAUUAUGGAAUACACCAAAAGUAUUAACCUUGCACCAGUUGGAUCCAUUGAAUUAUCAUUGGCAUAUGCAAAUCGUUCAGCUGUAUUGUUCAAGGCAAGACUUUAUGAAGAUUGUCUUCUUGACAUUGAACGUUCAUUAAAGGCAGGCUAUCCAGAUAGAUUAAAAACAAAAUUAUUUUUACGUCAAUUAUUGUGUUUCAAGGCCUUGAAACCAAACUCAGGACUUGAACCAGGUAUUUCAAUGGCUAAUGCAAUACAGUGGCUUCCUGAGUUGAAAAAAUAUCAUCCAAAAUACAACAUCAUCAAAGAGUAUCCAAAGAUGAUCAAUGAACUCAAAGAACCACGUGAAAUUAUUAAAUUUAUACCAGAAAUAAAAAAUGAUAAUGCAAUAAUAGUUGGUGCAUCUGAUGCAAUUGAGUUGAAAAAAAUUAAUGAAAAUAAUCAAUAUAUUGUUGCAACGAGAGACAUCAAAUCUGGUGAAUUUAUUUACAUUUGUGAGUCAUUUGCAGCAAUUCCUAGUAAUCAAUUACGUUUUACUAAUUGCUGGCAUUGUUGUCACCAAACUUGGGCUGGUAUACCAUGUGAUAAUUGUCCAAACGUCAUUUAUUGCUCGGAGAGAUGUAAAAAAAAAGCAUGGAAUAGUUAUCAUAAUAUUGAAUGUUUAGUAUUCGGACAACUUUUAAAAGUUGACAAUGUAGAUCAAGGAAAAUUAAUUGCAGUGAAAAUGAUUUUAAAGUCACUAAACUCGGUGGGUGGUUUAAUUCAAUUAAAGAAAAAAAUUGAUGAUAUUGACUUGAUGAAAAAUAAAGAAUUAAUAUUCACCAAUGGGAUUCUUGAUGUUAAUACUAUCGAUAAUUUUCUUCGUCUUGAUUAUUUUAAAGCAACAUCAUCAAAGUGUACAUUCGAAUGUGCAUUACUUGCGGUAUUGAUUGUUACAGUUUUUGGUGAAAAUACAGAUAUAUUAGGUAAAAAAAUGACAUUGAACGAUUUGAUUAAAAGUAAAGAUAAAAAAAUAUUAAUUUUGGGAGAAUUAAUAUUGCGAUAUAUGAUGAUUGCUUCUUGCAUUAGUCAAUCGUUGAUAGAAUCAUCGGCUGGUUGUAGUUUGAUGUUGACAACUGACUCGAUCCCAUUUUGUAAUACUAAGAUAUUAAAAACGAGCUGUGAUCCAAAUGUCAAUUGGAGCCACGUAGGUUCAGAUGUUGGAUUUUACACUUGCAAACCAAUCAAGCAAGGACAACCGAUACUCAUGGGUAGUGUAGAUUCAUAUCAUAUGACUUCAAAAAUUGACCGAUAUAGACGAUUAGAAUUUACUACUGAUGAUGCUCAACUAUGUGGAUGUACAGCAUGUGUUGAAAAUUGGACAACUAUUCAUUCUCUUCCAUCCUAUGAGAGUAUGUCGGCAAUACCGACGAGAAUCCAAAGAGAACUCGACUUUGAUUUCGAAAUGGAAAGAGAAUUUGUCUGUGGACUCAUCAAUAUACCCUCAGAAGAAGGAUGGAUCAAUAUAAUUAAUAAAUUCCUUGAAAAAAAAACAUUUGAGGAUAGAUUUGAGGUUGUAUGGUCAUUUUUACCUGGUUCAGCUCUUUCUAAACGAAAUACAAAUAAUUUUAUCAAAGACAAGUCAGUUGUAGAUUCAAUACACUGGCGUACAAUUGGUAACAAUGAAUACACAGCUACUUCAAAAAAUAAAGAUUAUAUAAGCAAAUCAAUUGAGGCAUACACCAAGAGUAUUGCUUAUGCACCAGUUGGAUCCAGUGAAUUGUCAUUGGCUUAUGCAAAUCGUUCAGCAGUAUUAUUCAAAGCAGGACUUUAUAAUGACUGUCUACUUGACAUUGAACGUUCAUUAAAAAUAGGCUAUCCAGAUAAUUUAAAAACAAAAUUACAUAUUCGUCAAUCAUUGUGUUUCAAAGCAUUGAAACCAAGUUCAUAG